CAAGUUCUAGGGGAACGAGGUGUUCGAAAAUUGAAAAGAUUCAGAAUCGAUUGCGUAGUACAUCCCUAUACCAAAUGCCUUUGUUGUCAGUCGGUGUCAAGACCCGUUGUCAGUUGUCAAUUUAGAAUUACAGCCAAAAUUAUUUUUUGUUGUAACUGUAAACAAAAGGGCAAGACUAAGUUUUUAGUAAACGCCUAUAGAAACAAGUCGUAUAUAUCUAUGGUCGAUACAAUAUACAAACAACAAUAUUACGCUUUAUCUAAAAUUAUACAAGUAACAAGAUAAGCAACUUACUUCUAAUGUGCAAGAUGGCUUAAGUGUAAGGAAAAUUGUUUUGGGUGUUUUAUUUGAUCUACGGGUAACAAAAACAAAAUAUGGGGGCCAACAAGACAAGCAAGGAAAGUGAUGAGGUUGUGAAAUCGUUCAAUGCCGACUACAAACAGAAGUUUGUAUCGUGCAAUAAUGAAGCAACAAAUGAUGGUUUGUUCACUAAACUAAACGAAAACGACCGCAUAUCAAGCACGAUUUUUUUGCGAGUGCCAUUGCGCGUAACUGUGUUACUGUUGUUAAUUGCGUUACUCUUCAUUUACACUAUGUAUAUUGAAUUGAAUCUGCCGUCCUAUGAUACUGCUAGUUUUGACACUAGUGAAGAAAUAAAUAUAGAAUCAGGCGUUGCGUUGAAGGUGAAUAAGGUAGUGUCAUGCUACUACAACACGCCCAGCCCGGGGCCCACACCUCAGCUGAGGCCCUCCGCCAUCCACCCACACCUUUGUACACAUAUCAAUGUUGCUUUUGCACAAAUUAGAAACAAAGAAAUCUAUUUAGAUAAUGAGCAAUAUGAAUCUUUAACUCAGGUUGUGUUGUUAAAGAGAAUGAAUCCCAAUUUAAAAAUAUUGCUUUCCAUUGGAGGUGCGGGAAAUGACACCGGUUUCCCAAACAUGGUGAUAAAUCAUGCUUCUAGAAAAACAUUCAUCAAAAGUGUAAAAACUGUGCUUAGAACAUACGGACUAGAUGGCAUAGAUUUGGACUGGGAGUUUCCAAUGGUUAAUGUUGAUAUCGACAUUUAUAAACGCCAACGACAACAUUUUUCACAGCUGCUUCGGGAAAUCAGGAUGGAGUACAUCAGAGAAAAUAGAGAUUAUCUGUUGACCAUGGCUGCAGCGGCUCCGGAGACAAUUGUGGACAUUGCCUAUGAUGUUGAUCAGAUCAACUUGUAUGUAGAUUAUGUGAAUGUCAUGACAUAUGACUUCCACGCCUUCAGUAAAUACACUCCGUUCACUGGACUCAACUCUCCGUUGUACCAUAGGAGUAUGGAACAAAUGUUUCUGGCCACCUUAAAUAUAAAUUACACAGUACAUAUGUACCUGAACAAGGGCCUAGACCGGAGUAAAAUAGUGGUAGGUAUACCUACAUACGGACAUACCUUUACAUUGGUCAAUGCUAAUAAUGGACAAGUUGGUAGUCCCGCAGCCGGCUACGGCACUCUGGGAGGUCUAGGGUUUGUGAAUUAUCCGGACAUAUGUAAGUUUAUAGCUAAAUUCAGAAGUGAGGUUGUUAUAGAAUUAGAUCCAGAUGCCAAGGUGCCAUAUCUCCACAAAGAAUUGGAAUGGAUAUCUUAUGACACACCUCAUAGUGCCAUGGAAAAAGCAAAUUACAUAAAAGAACAGAAUUUACGUGGUGCAAUGAUUUAUUCCCUGAAUGCAGAUGACUAUGAAGGAGUUUGUGAUGAGGAAGUAGAAGGCAGCUUGAAGUUCCCAUUAGCGGUGUCAGUGAAACAUGCGCUGGCCGACAAAGUGAAAUCGAAUUAAAAGAAUAUUAGAGCAUAUAAUUUCACCUGUUGCAACUCGUCAUGUGGCAUGUUUGAUGAUAAUAAAAAUAUACCUUUUUCCUCUUGGCCACAUAUGUAAUUUUGUACAUGGUGCAGAACUUCAUAUUGCGGCGUGGCGACUGCGGCGA